CACCACCACUACCAGUUAAUAAUUAAUCUAAAAGAAAGUUUGACAACCACCACCACCACCCAAAGGCCAUCAUGGAUGAUCUUGGCUCCAUUCAAGCCUAACAUCAAUAUGGAUACAAGCAGUAACAUCGAGAUGAAGAUUCACGUCUCUAACUUUAGUUACACAUCUUUUUGAGAAAUCGAUACUAUUUUCUAGAAAAUACAAGAUUAGAAUGAAUAAUGGGUUCUUGGUCGUUGUUAGCAGCAUCUUCACAAGUUCAUGUAGCAGUGGUUUCUCAAAUUCUGAGUUUUCUCGUUUUCCUCUUCUUUUCUAAAGGAACCUUGGGGGUUACUUUUAAUAUUGUAAACGACUGUGGGUUCACCAUUUGGCCUGUCAUCAUUAGCACAACGAGUUUAAAUGAAACUACAUUUGAGCUCACAAAGGGUACUUCACGCUCUUUUGAAGCUCCGAGUGUAUGGCUUGGUAGUAUAUGGGGUCAGACAGGCUGCAACUAUAAUAGGUCAGGUAAAUGGUCGUGUGCCACAGGUGACUGCAGAAUCAAUGGCACCAAUGAUAUGGCUUGUAGUGUAUAUGAUGUAACGAUACCCGCCACAGUUGUUGAUUUCAGAAUCAAUCAAACCCAAAUCCACAGCCAGGAUUUUUAUCAUGUCAACAUUGCCCAGGGCUACAAUUUGCCAAUACUUGUGGAGGCGACUUCCGGUUCAGGUUCCAGUUUACGUAGUUGUGCUAAGACGGGAUGUGUUGAAGACUUGAAUCAGCAGUGUCCAACCGAGCUAAGUUCAGCCGAUGGAAAGGUGUGUAUGAGCGCUUGCAUGGCCUUUCACUCUCCAGAGUAUUGUUGCAGUGACUCUUUCUCGUCACCCUCAUCGUGCAAGCCAACAGCAUAUGAUCAGUUGUUUCGAUCAGCGUGCCCAAGAUCUUUUACGUAUAGUACCCCGUCCGAUCUAUGGGAUCUACAGACUACUACAUUUACUUGUAAUGGUGCCGAUUACACCAUUAGAUUUUGUGCUGCUGCAGAUUCAUUUUCAACAAUCAAACUUGGUGGCCAACUCAAGUCUACAGACCAGCUUGUUUCGGUGCGUGGAAAUUUUACAUUAGGGUUCUUUGGUGAAGAUUACAGUUACUUGGGAAUUUGGUACACAAGCGAUGUUCAAUCCACAAAAGUAUGGGUAGCUAAUCCAAAUGCACCGAUCAUAUCCACCCCAGGCACUCAUACCCUAUCCAUCAGUGCCAAAACCGGAGACUUGGUCAUCAGUGCAGGAUCCAAAACUCUAAUGAGAAUCACCGAUGUUAAACUGGGUCCAAACGCAAAUGUGACUGCAACCCUCGAAGAUAAUGGUAAUUUCCGGCUGAUUAACCAAGUUGACAAAAGAGUUUUGUGGCAGAGUUUUGAUCACCCAACCAAUGUACUUUUACCUGGCAUGAAGCUUGGGUAUGACAUGACAGCAGGCCAGAAUUGGACUUUGACUUCUUGGUUGAGCAAUGAAAACCCUGAAUCAGGACCUUUUACUCUGAGUUGGGAACCCACUCAAAAAGGAUCCCAGAGAUUAAUGAUUCGACGACGAGGACGACCCUACUGGACUAGUGGGAAUCUAAACAACAAAAUAUUUCAAUAUAUGUUUGCAUUGAAUGGCCCAGGUAGUCAAUCCAUGUAUAAUCUCACUUCUGUAUACAACAAUAAAGCAAGAUACUUUAGCUAUGACGGUAAUAUUGCUGCUUUACCCAUGUGGAUUUUAACACCAAAAGGCCAAAUUAGAGAUAUUAAUAAUGCUACUGCUUGGAGCCCUGAGUUUUGUUAUGGAUAUGAUUCUGGUAAUGGUUGCAUGGAGUCGAGUUUACCUCAGUGCAGGACAGAGAACGAUAAUUUUAGUAAAAAGAAUGGGGAUUUUGCUCAAGAUAGGACAAAAAGUGCAACUGAUGGGAACUCAAGCUUAAGCAUUAACGAUUGUUUUGAUAAGUGCUGGAAUGAUUGCAAUUGUGUGGGGUUUAGUAGCAGUACCAUCAAUGGAAGUGGUUGUGUAAUUUGGACAGGUAUCAAUAGUUUUUUGGUUAAUCCUCAUGAUAACUCUACGUCAAAGUAUGUGAUCAGCCAAAAUCUAGGCAAUCGAAAUACAGGAAACAAAACACAAAAGAGCAAGAAUUGGAUAUGGAUAUCCAUUAGUGUUUCCAUCACUCUUGUUUUCCUUUGUUUUGGGGCUUUAUGGUAUAUAAAGAAGAGGAAGCGUAGACAAAAAGAAUACAAAAGACGGAAGAGAGAUGAAUAUUUCGUGGAGCUGACAACUUCUGAAAGCUUCAAGGAUGUACAUCGACUUGAACCGGAUGGUGUGAAAGGAAAUGAUUUGCUAUUGUUUAGCUUUGCCUCUAUCAUGGCUGCCACCAAUGAUUUCUCAAUUGAAAAUAAGCUCGGACAAGGUGGUUUUGGACCUGUUUACAAAGGAAAACUAAGUGAUGGGCGAGAAAUUGCAAUCAAAAGGCUUUCAAGAACAUCAAGUCAAGGGCUUGUGGAAUUUAAGAAUGAACUAGUGCUCAUAGCUAAACUUCAGCAUACAAAUCUUGUUCGAGUUCUUGGUUGUUGCAUUCACGGAGAAGAAAAGAUGUUAAUAUAUGAAUAUAUGCCCAACAAAAGUUUAGAUUUCUUCGUAUUUGAUGAAAACAGAAAGGCAGAGUUGGAUUGGCCUAAACGAUUUAUCAUUAUUGAAGGAAUUGCUCAAGGGUUGUUGUACUUGCAUAAAAUAUGCGAGCAGAACGAGACCGAGUCAAUGACUAACAGGGUGGUUGGAACAUAUGGUUAUAUGUCUCCUGAGUAUGCAAUGAGGGGGGUUUUCUCAAUCAAGUCCGAUAUCUUCAGCUUUGGAGUAUUGAUCCUGGAAAUCAUCAGUGGAAGAAGAAAUAGUAGCCUCUUUCAUCUUGAUGAGACAUUCAGUCUUAUUGGAUAUGCAUGGGUGCUAUGGCAACAAGGGGAUUCGUUGGAAUUGAAGGACCCGUCACUUGGAAAUACUUGUAAUGAACAACAAUUCUUGAGGACUGUUCAUGUUGCCCUUCUGUGUGUACAAGAGAAUGCAAUAGAUAGGCCAACAACGUCAGGGAUGAUCUCCAUGCUUCUCAAUGACUCCAUAUCAUUACCCACUCCAAACAGACCAACAUUUCUGAUAGGUGGAGGCGCCUCAAAGUCAACUUCAUAUGAAACCAAAGCAGAAGAUUUCUCUGUGAAUAAUGUGACCAUCUCUGUUGUUGGGGGUCGAUAGAGUAUGAACGUAGCUUCAGCAUAUCAUUCUUUGUGGAAAACUUUUCUGUAAUAUAAUUUAUAUUUAUUCACUUUUGUAGGAGAUGCAAAUCCAUUUUUCUAUACUUGUUAAUUGUUAUAUGCAAGCAGAAUUGCCACUUCAGAAUAUAAAGGACCCUCUUUACAGGUCUAUCCAUAUUAAAUAUGUUGAUAAAGUAAAGAACAUCUUGUGCAGGCUUGUGGAUGGUAGAUUCAUUAUUAGCUAAAUUUCAAAGCUUUCUCAGUCUAGAAAGUUUGGUGUUUAUGCAACCUGAUUGGGGAAGCCUGGUCACUAAAUAGAAGCAUCAUUGAAAUGUGUUUGGGCUGCAUUUGUGGAAAUAUAUAACUAAUUUAUAGAUAUCAUCCGUUUACAUUCCCUUAUUAGUU